CGUGGGAGUGAGAGAUGUAGCGAGGGAGGAGCAGCCCAACAGUAGGGGAGUUGGGUGGAACGUAUAGUUAGCAGGUCCUUUAUUCUAAACCUCUAUUUCACGUACUCAUAAUUUGUUUUCUCGCCGUGAGAGAACGGAGAAGUGAAGAACGGAACGAGAGGUUGGAUGAGCGGCGUGAAGAGUUCUGCAGGGAUGGCGGCGGUGUUACCCAGGACCCUUGGGGAGCUCCAGCUCUACAGGAUCCUCCAGAGGGCCAACCUGCUGUCUUACUACGGGGCCUUCAUCCAGCAGGGUGGUGACGACGUGCAGCAGCUGUGCGAGGCGGCCGAGGAGGAGUUCCUGGAGAUCAUGGCCCUGGUGGGCAUGGCCAGCAAGCCCCUCCAUGUUAGGAGGCUCCAGAAGGCCCUGCGAGACUGGGUCACCAACCCGGCCCUGUUCAACCAGCCCCUGGCCUCUCUCCCUGUCUGCAGCAUCCCCGUCUACAAGCUGGAAGCUAAUGGUAAUUCUAAGGCUAACGCCCACGUCACGGUGCCCACUCUACUGGCGGCGGAAUGUGUGGGUGAGCCCAUGAGGGGUGCGGUGGCGUCAGGCGUGGGGGGCGAGGGACGAGGAUGUUCGGCCUCUGGGUCUCCAGUGCAGAUUGGCAGCGAACCUCGUUUCUGGGGCUCCUUGUCCUCUCGCGGCGGGGGAGGGGGAGCGGAGAGCGAGUGCAGCCUGUCCCCUGCUGAGAUGUCCCUGGGUCUGGGUUCUCCCUCGCCGCCGUCCCCCCGCGGCGAGGAGGUACUAGAUGCCGCAGCGUUGAGGUCGCUGGCAGAGUGCGUGGAGCGGCUGGCCCAGGCGCUGCCCCGGAGCGACCCGUCCGAGGUGAAGGAGGGGCUACGGGGCAACAAGAAGCUGUCCAAGGUGAUCUGCCACAUCCUAGACAUGGAGGAGGAGGACCCGAGGAGGGCAGAAGAGAUACGCAAGUACAGCGCAAUCUACGGACGCUUUGACUCCAAGAGGAAGGAUGGCAAGCACUUCACGCUUCACGAGCUGACAGUGAAUGAGGCAGCAGCUCAGUUGUGUAUGAAGGAGGUCUCCCUGCUGACCAGGAGAGAAGAGUUGUUUGGUCUGGCUAGACAGGUCUCUCGUGAGGUCACCUACAAGUACACCUACAGGACUAGCAAGUCUCGAUGUUGUGACAGAGAUUAUCCUUCUCACAAGAUGAUCAAAACAGAGGAGGGCUUCUUCGACCUCCAGGAAGCCCUGCAGUCAAUCCACAUGAGAAGGGUGGCCCUGAGAGAGCAGCUGGCCACAGCCAAGUCUAAAGGAGAGGAGACUAUGGGGCGCUGCAUCCAGCUGCAGCUGGAGCGUCUGCUGACCAGACAGAUGGAGAUCCAUCACGAAGCGCAAGCCCAGGACAGACUGCAGGCCCAGGACAGACUGCAGGCUCUGGAGUGGAAGGUCCCUCUGGGGGCCUUCAGGUUGAAUCACAACACUAACCCAGAACACCGUCACCAUGUCAACGGAGUCUCCACUGAUAGCACCAGUCUACCACCAGGGGAGAGGCCACUGAACCUGCAGGUGGAGGGUCAAAAGUCGAAUGGAGACACACCCCUGGGGAAACAACUAGCCAAUGAGCUGAAGAGGCAUCACGGCAACAGGGAGGGAAAGACCCCGCCCACGAGUCACCAUAGCAAUGUCAAGUGCAAAACUCUGACCAUAGAAAAUGGGAACGGGGCUGACUUCUCUCAAGGGGCUCUCAGCCUUUCUGACAAGAAGACCGUCAAAUCAUAGCCAGAGGAUUCCAGAUAGCACCUCUUCUCCUCCUCCUCUUCCUCCUUGCGCAUCCCUCUUUCACAACACAGUCGUCGUUGGGCAAUACUAAACAAGCACAGCUGCAUUAGAGCCUUAACAACCAAUGUUGCCUCAAGAUAAGGGAUUUUACAUGUAGUUUCUUUUUUGCCAAAGCACCUAGAGAGCCUUUAAUUCUCUGCUCGUAGAAGCCCAUUUUUUGUAUUUUCACUGACUAUGUUGAUUCCCCCUCCCUUCCCUACUCUACCGUUCUCCUUUCUUACUUUCAAGACUGAUGGCGAGGGGUCUGUAGAUGUAUUUGUACAUACAGAAUUCUGACACUGAAAAGUGUUUAUUUGUCAUUGAUGUCAUUUAAAUAUGUGCCGUGUAAAAUUAGGACGUCAGUUACCAGGACAACACUAGAAGUUCCACCGACUUUGAGUCAACCAGGAUUUGGCUCAGAAAAGUCUUAUUUAUGUUGACAAAGUGCCGGGUUACCAUGGUGUUGCCAUGGUGUUGCCAUGGUGUUGCCAUGGUAUUGCCAUGGUGUUGCCAUGGGUUGACUCAUCCAAGGUUCUAAUGGUGAUAAAGAAAACCUUUAGAGGCUUUCAUUUAUGACACCAACUUAAAUAUUUAUUACAAUUCAGUGAGAGCCUUCAUUUGAAAUUUACAUAUGGGACGACAACAACAUUUACAUUUUUACCUUUAUUUAACUAGGCAAGUCAGUUAAGAACAAAUUCUUAUGUUCAAUGACGGCCUAGGAACAGUGUGUUAACUGCCUUGUUCAGGGGCAGAACGACAGAUUUUUACCUUGUCAGCUCGGGGAUUUGAUCUUGCAACCUUUCGGUUACUAGUCCAACGCUCUAACCACUAGGAUACCUGCCGCCCCAACAUAUGGCAAAAUAUUUGGACGACAACAUAUGGGAUGACAACCUAUGGGACAACAAAGUACCAUAUUUGUAUAUUAUUGCAAGACAGUUUUCUGUGAUAACAUUGGGUGUGUAUGAUAGCCAUCAAGAAUAAGCACAAGUAGGGAUUUUCAUGACAAGGGCCUCAGAGGCCAUAUAAAUGGAGACGUUGACGUACUCUGUCUUACUAAACGGAAGGGAAAUCCUAGAAGUAGUAGAGUCUGAACUACAAAACAGUAAUAACAGGGUUUACAUCCCACCUUCUCACUUUAACUAGUACAAAACCAAGUGUGUAUAAGUAGAGCAACACCGACAAUGUGUUGUUGAGAAACCCAGUGUCAAUGUCUAGUUUUCCCAGUUGUGGGUAUCGUGGUCACUGUGCAGUAGUUCUAUUUCCUGUUGACUAGCGUUAGCCAUAGUCUUAGUUCCCCUCAAGAUGACCUCGAACAGAUACAGUUGAAGUCAGAAGUUUACAUACACUUAGGUUGGAGUCAUUAAAACUUGUUUAUCAACCACUCCACAAAUUUCUUGUUAACAAACUAUAGUUUUGGCAAGUCGGUUAGG